AUGGGCAAAACUCCGCACGAGCUCAUGCGCGAGCAGAUGGACGAGCUGAUGGGCAAGGCCCGCGACGUGCCGCUCGAGGAGCGAGAGAAGGCGCUUCCCUCCUUCUCCGACCCGAGCAUCGACCGGUUCCACCUGUGCGGUUGCUCGCCGUACGAGCUGCUCAAGGGGACCAAGUUCGAGACGAUGCCGCAGCUGCAGCGCGACGGCUUCCUCAAGGAGCGCUCCGAGGCGCUGCGCGUGCAGUGGGAGGCGCUGCCGCAGGAGGAGAAGGACAAGUACGGGUACGAGCGCGAGCUGAUGCUGCUGCUCGAGCUGCUGGUGGACGAGCAGGACCGGCGGAUCGCAAAGGCCAAGGAGCGGUACGAGCGCGAGAACGCGCUGGUGCCGCCCAUCCCGGCCGAGACUCAGGCCGAGAUUGACCGGCUGCGCGGCGAGGUCAAGGAGCUGCAGGCGCAGUCCGAGGCGCUCGGCGAGCAGGGCGAGGUGGACGAGUCGAUGACGGCGUUCCGCAAGGCGGAGGCGCUGCAGCUGCAGCUGCAGGAGAUCGAGCGCAAGGCGCAGCCCCUCGCGGGCAAGAAGCAGUUUGUCGACGAG